AUGGCCAAAAUGUUUUCCUCGUUCCAGAGACUUCUCUCCAAUUUGUCCAGGCUUUUCAAAGUCUUGGGCAAUAUGGGGAGUGUCUCGCCAGUCUACCUGCUAGAUCGAGAUGAGGCCGAGACUACACGUCUCAAUGACCAGCAUCGCUUUCUCGUGGAGCUCUCCAACGUCAUUCACCCGUCUAUUCCAAGAGACCUGACGGCAGUAGCCGACAUUGGCACUGGCACUGGCGUCUGGCUCGAAGAUGUCGCCAAUAUCCUCCCGAACAAGUCAGUCGAGCUCCACGGCUUCGACAUCUCCUCAGCCCAAUACCCACGGGGCCACGAGAUCCAACGACCUGGCCAGAUGCCAAUCAAACUAAGCGUCCACGACGCACUGCGCCCGUUCCCAGAAGCUCACCGCGGCCGAUAUGACCUCGUACACAUCCGACUCCUCACAGCAGGCUUGAAACAAGCAGAUUACGCACGUGUGCUCGCCAACGCGCGCGCUUUACUAAAACCAAACGGCUGGAUCCAAUGGGAAGAAGUCGACCACACAGCGUUCUGCACAGACGCGGUACCCGAACCAACAGCAAUAACCCGACUGCGGUCAUGCGUGAUCGAGGCCAUGCUGAAACUAGGUCUAUGGCCGUUUGCGCCGCAGUGCGUGUAUGAUCAGAUCUCUGCGCAUGGGUUCACCGACGUCGUCCGCGAGACCUACACUACUGCUGGGAAAGACCAUAUGCGGCCUUUCGCGCAGAAAUGGGUCGCGGGUGUGAUGCGUGCGCUGACGCCACCUUCUAUGGUUGUUAUCGGUCAAGCUGAGGAUCUUAAGCAGGCACGUGGGAUUGUUGAUGGGCUGGUUCGCGAGUUUGAGGCUCAUUGUGAGUCUGCGACGGCGCUGGUUAACUUUGGAGUUACGGUUGGUAGGAGGGUUGGCUAA